GAAAUAGUGUGAAAAGUGUUUUGGAAAUGGUUACGACGGCAGUCUUUGCGCCCACGAUCAAUGAUUGGGGUCUAUUAUCAUUUCUGUUCUGACCGUCGACUUGUAGUGAUAUCUGUAUGGCGAUGUCAAAUUCCGGAAAAGUAUUGUCACCCGUGUCCAGGAGAGUAGCACACAUUCGAUUUCGAAACAAAGCGUCUCGGGACGACAAAUCUAAGGCCGAAUACCGGGCAAACGUAUGGAAAAAAAUUUUAGACGACGUUUGCGAUCAAUGUUCGCUGCACGGUCUUAAUCAUAUCGUCGGAAAGGACCGGAGCGUCGGAGAAAAAGCAUUUUGGUCAGUAACUGUAAUAUGCGCUAUGCUGUUUGCAACUUACGCGAUCGUCGAAUCAUGGAAGACGUACAAAAAGAAUACAAUUGACACGGUGGUUGAAACGACAUUUUUAAGUAAUGCCGAUAUAGCGUUUCCGAUGGUGGUGAUAUGUGACGUUUCAAGAGUGGACUGGGAACGUGUCAUGCAGUUGACUGCGCAAGACGUGCCGGGAAUCGAUCCGAAUCUAUUACCUGCUGUGAGAAAAUUGUUGAAAACGUUCUCGGUUUUAUCAUAUGGCGAUUUUGACGAUUUUGAUGAACUGAGGAACAUAACGGAACUACCUAAACUUUCCCAACUAAACCUCACCGAACUUCUCGAGAAGGUGAUGAGACCGUGCGAAGAAAUUUUUUCCCAUGGUGACUGUUGGUGGAAUUUCAAAAAAGUAAACUGCUGUGAUGUAUUUGAGUUGCAGCGCACCGAAUUCGGUCUGUGCCAUUCAUUCAAUUCCGAUUUUUCCGAGUAUAGUAGAGCGAGACUCGGUGCAAAUUCAGGUGCAAUUGGGUCGUUUUGGCGAACAGAGUCUGGAGAACUUCGACCAAGAAGAACGGGCGACAAUGGUCAGUGGUCAGGUGUCAGAAUGUAUGUAUCAACAAUGACCCCAGAACAGAUAGCCCCCGGAGCUAACGUCAAACCAUCGACACGGAUAAUGAUUGGUGAACCUAGAGGAGCUCCGCUUGGAUCGGAUAUGGUCGUGACGGCGGGUAGCAUUGGCAUCGUUCACGUGUGGGGAGAUAGAAUAUACAACACUCAAAGAACGAAGAGACUGAAUCCAAAAUUGCGACGGUGUCUUUUCGCCGAAGAGAGUUCCACCGGAAUGGGUACGAAUUACUACUUGCGGAGGAAUUGCAAAACAGCGUGUUACAUGGAUCAAGUUAUUCAGCAGUGCGGCUGUUAUUUGGAGUUCAUGUUUGGCCUCAUGAAUCAAAAUGAUUCAUUGCGGCCAUGUAACGCCGAAGAUUUGUUAUGUCUGUCUGAGAAAAAUCAGUUCUUUAAAAACAUUAUACCGUCCGAACAGACUGGACUUACGAUAAGUAAUCGGCCCGGUCUUAAGUGUGAUUGUAUGCCGGAUUGUGUUCAUCAAAUGUAUUUGUCUGAACUAACAAUCGCCGAACCAUCCAUAUCAACAGUGCUGAAUUCCACGUCAUCCAUACUGAUUGACGUACACUUCAUACAGAGCACGUGUAUACUUUACAGAUCGGACUUGGUCCUCGGAUGGCUUGACUUGUUGGUGUCGUUUGGCGGUUGCGCUGGUCUGUUUCUGGGUGGAUCAUUGUUGAGUUUCAUCGAACUUAUAUAUUUUUUGACGUGGAAGGCUUAUUACCACUGGCGCCAAACACCGUCGACUUCGAUCGUCGUCUCCAAAUCGAAAAAAAACGCAAAGAUCAUAUAA